UUUACGUGAUUUCUUAGUGUAUCGGCAAAGAUAUAAGCCGUUGGAAUUUGGGCAUUCCACAAAGUUUACUCCUUUGAUCUCUUUCUGUUCUUCCGUUUCUUCUUCUGAGCUCCAAUGGCGGCCCCAAAACCCCAGAGGUCACCUGAGGAAGUCGAAGACAUAAUCCUUCGAAAAGUCUUCAUCGUCUCCCUCGUCGAUUUCCCCGCUUCCGAUUCCCGAAUCGUCUACCUCGAGCAGACCGCCGCCGAGCUCCUCAGCGAGGGCAAGGAAUUGAGGUUUUCCAGAGAUAUGAUGGAGCGGGUCAUAAUCGAUCGGCUGUCGGGGGAUUUCCCCGACGCGGAGCCGCCGUUCCAGUACUUGAUCGGCUGCUACCGUAGGGCUCACGACGAGAGUAAGAAAAUCGGUUCAAUGAAGGAUAGGAAUUUGAGGGCUCUGAUGGAAAUUGCGCUGAAGAAAGCCAAGAAAUUGACUGUUUCGUAUUGCAGGAUUCAUUUGGGGAAUCCCGAAUUGUUCUCCAGUGGGGCGAAUUCUAAGGCCAACACUCCGUCUCUGCUUCCGUUGAUUUUCUCUGAGAUUGGAAGCUCGGUGGAUGGGUUUGGGGGUAGCAGCAGUGUCGGUGGAGGGGUUCACUGUCCUCCGGGGUUCUUGGAGGAGUUUCUCCAGGAUUCGGAUUUCGAUACAUUGGACCCUAUUUUGAGGGGGGUGUACGAGGAUUUGAGGGGUAGUGUCCUUAAAGUUUCGGCUCUUGGGAACUUCCAGCAGCCCUUAAGGGCACUGAGGUUUCUGGUUAGUUUUCCUGUUGGGGCUAAAUCUCUGGUGAAUCACCCUUGGUGGAUUCCUACUGGGAAAUAUUCAAAUGGGCGUGUCAUUGAGAUGACAAGCAUUUUGGGGCCUUUUUUCCAUGUCAGUGCUCUGCCUGACCAUGCCAUUUUCAAGAGCCAACCUGAUGUUGGGCAGCAGUGCUUUUCAGAAGCAUCAACUCGUAGACCAUCUGAUUUGUUAUCUUCAUUCACUACAAUUAAAACAGUUAUGAAUAACUUAUAUGAUGGCCUUGCGGAAGUUCUUCUCUCUCUUCUUAAGAACACAGAGACCCGUGAGAAUGUUCUUGAGUAUCUUGCGGAGGUGAUAAAUAGAAACUCAUCAAGAGCUCAUAUGCAGGUCGAUCCUCUCUCCUGUGCAAGUUCAGGCAUGUUUGUUAAUCUCAGUUCCAUCAUGCUACGUCUCUGUGAGCCAUUUCUUGAUGCAAACAUGACCAAAAGGGAUAAAAUUGAUCCAAAAUAUGUAUGUUAUGGUAACCGCUUGGAGUUAAGAGGGUUAACUGCUCUACAUGCGUCAUCGGAGGAGGUUACCGAGUGGAUUAAUAAUGGUACUGAGUUGAAAACUGAUGACUCUGGGCAGUUCAGUGAUAGUGAAAAUCGCUUGCUACAAUCUCAAGAAGCUUCCAGUUCUGGCAGUAAUGCUAUUGGAUCUUCAACUGCGAAGGCAAGAUCAAGUAGUGAUAAAACUAGGUACCCCUUCAUAUGUGAGUGCUUCUUUAUGACUGGAAGGGUGCUGAAUUUGGGCUUGUUAAAAGCAUUUUCAGACUUCAAACAUUUAGUACAGGAUAUUUCUAGGUGUGAAGAUACCUUGUCCACACUWAAAGCAAUGCAGGGACAAGGGUCUGCUCCACAGUUUGAUGUGGAUAUAGCUCGCCUCGAGAAAGAAAUAGAGUUGUACUCGCAGGAAAAGCUUUGUUAUGAAGCUCAAAUACUGAGGGACGGGUCACUAAUCCAGCAAGCUCUUACUUUCUAUCGAUUAAUGGUCGUCUGGUUAGUUGGUUUGAUUGGUGGAUUCAAAAUGCCUCUUCCGUCAACUUGCCCUAUGGAAUUUGCAUCAAUUCCAGAGCAUUUUGUGGAAGAUGCAAUGGAAUUGCUUAUAUUUGCUUCCCGGAUACCAAAAGCUUUGGAUGGUAUCAAUUUGGAUGAUUUUAUGAACUUCAUUAUUAUGUUUAUGGCAAGUCCAGAAUACAUCAGAAAUCCUUACUUAAGAGCAAAGAUGGUCGAAGUUCUGAACUGCUGGAUUCCUCGUAGAAGUGCUUCAUCUGUAACUGCAACAUUAUUUGAAGGGCACCAGCUAUCACUUGAAUAUCUUGUUAGGAAUCUUUUAAAGCUCUAUGUUGACAUUGAGUUCACUGGUUCACACACUCAGUUUUAUGACAAGUUCAACAUCCGUCAUAAUAUCGCCGAACUUCUUGAAUACCUUUGGCAGGUUCCUAGUCACCGCAAUGCUUGGAGAAUGAUUGCCAAGGAAGAGGAAAAGGGUGUUUACUUGAAUUUCUUGAAUUUCCUUAUCAACGAUAGUAUAUAUCUUCUUGACGAAAGCCUUAAUAAGAUUCUCGAACUCAAAGAGCUUGAAGCCGAAAUGUCGAAUACCACAGAGUGGGAGCGGCGGCCUGCUUCAGAGAGGCAAGAGAGAACUAGGCUGUUUCACUCCCAAGAAAAUAUCAUCCGAAUUGAUAUGAAAUUAGCCAACGAGGAUGUGAGUAUGCUGGAAUUUACAUCGGAGCAAAUUACGGCUCCUUUCCUACUUCCCGAGAUGGUCGAAAGGGUGGCCAGCAUGCUGAAUUAUUUUCUACUGCAACUCGUUGGUCCUCAGCGAAAAUCUCUUACUCUUAAAGACCCCGAAAAAUACGAAUUCCGUCCAAGAGAGUUGCUUAAGCAGAUUGUUCACAUAUAUGUUCAUCUGGCAAGAGGCGAUACGGAGAAAAUUUUCCCAGCUGCCAUUUCAAAGGACGGUCGAUCGUACAACGAGCAGUUGUUUAAUGCUGCUGCAGCUGUACUUGGACGAAUUGGAGAAGAUGGUAGGAUAAUACAGGAGUUCAUUGAUCUUGGCAACAAAGCCAAGGAUGCAGCUUCUGAGGCCAUGGAUGCUGAAGCUACUCUUGGAGACAUACCGGAUGAAUUCCUCGACCCGAUCCAAUACACUUUGAUGAAGGAUCCAGUGAUCUUACCUUCUUCAAGGAUCACGGUCGACAGACCCGUCAUCCAAAGACAUCUCCUCAGCGAUAGCACCGAUCCAUUCAACCGGUCACAUCUAACUUCAGACAUGCUAAUACCGAAUGAUGAACUGAAAGCAAGAAUUGAAGAAUUUAUCAGGUCGCAAGAAUUGAAGAGGAAACCCGAGGGAGGGGUUGCGAUGCAGAAGGCAACAAUUCAACCCACAAGCGGAGAAAUGUUGAUUGAUUAAAACGUCAAGAUGUAAUUUAAUCGCUUCUUGUUUUCUUAUCGCUUUGGGAACGAAAUAUUUUCUUGAAGAUAUUUAUAUUUGAUAUAAUGUUAUAAACACAUUUUAAGAUUAUUUUCUUUGGGCACUUUUGAGUGCUUAGGCUGCCUCUAACCUCUUGUAAGUUAUAAUAUUUGAAAUAAAGAUUUGUAAGUUAUCAGGAAAAA